AUGGGUAACGUUAUUUCUACGAUUGAACGUCCCCUGGUUUCAUGGCUGGCGGGUACUCAACCCCCACCCAGGAAUUCUACUAAAAAAGAAUUCAGAAAACAGCCAAACAUCCAGCCUUCUACGGACAGGUAAGUGGAUAGCGGCUGCAGGUAUAUUAGAAGAUGGGGGUCAGAGUUUGAUAAAGAGUAGAAUAAAGGAUGGUUUGUUAAUGGGCAUCAUUUCUAUAAAUAACACAGCUUUCCUGUAGAUUGAAUUGUGUUGUCAUUAUAUGAAUGGGAGUAAAAUCCUUAAAAUGUGAAUUUGUGUUUGAUACUUGUUAUUUUUCUUAACUGAUGAGAUAAAAAAUGAACACAACAAUGUGUGUAGCUUAGCCCAUUUGUAGUGAUUGAUAUAAAAUAGGCGGGCAUUAUAUACGGGGGUGCAAAAAAAAAGGAAAAUAUAUAGCAAUUAAUGAAGGUGUUUUGAGUCCAUAAUCAGACAGGACCAUCCUGUGAUGAAAUGAGUCUUGAAGAAUUUCACAGGUUUUACACAUUAAAUCAAAUUAUUUAACCAUUGCAAUACAACCCAAAUAACAAUGCAUAAUAUAUAAUGAUUUAUUUUAUCAUUUCCUAAACACACUCAGUUAUUUCAAACACAAAACAUCAAAUGUGUGAAAUAUGAGACUUCACUAAUCAUUUUCUCUUUCCUAAACAGGCUACCUCUUAAAUCAGAGCCCCAGACAUUCCCCCAAUUAUCAUCUAAUCUGGAUAUUUCUCCAGAAACUGAGAAGGGGAAGAGGUGGGAGCCACGGGAGCAGAAUGGUGGGUUUGUGGCAAAAAUUCUAAAAUGUUGCCAACAAGGCACAGAGAGACGUCGCCUUCCCCCUUCUGUUACAUCUAAAUUUGCUGUGCUUGAUAAAAGGUAAAUACUAUAUGAUCACAUUAACAAAUUGCGAUAAAAACCUCUAGGCUGGGUGCUGGAAGAAUUAGCCUGACCUUUUUUGUUUUUGUGUUUUUGUUCAAAAGCUUUAGACAUUAUGAUACCUAUGUCAGAUAUAGAAAAGAGGAGAAGAAACCUGAUGUACCAUACUAUAUUCGGGUGACUCCAAAAAAAUCCAACUUGGAAAUUCGUUAUGCUCGGCCACCUAGGUAAGUGUAUCACGAGACACAGAAUGACUGACCAUAAUCCUAUAAGGUUAUCCAAAUAAAACUGCAGGGUCCUCAGUAAACCAAUACCCUGGUUCUCUCACUGGCUGUCUGUGUACACAGGAAACCAAUGAGAGAAGAUCCACAGAUAGAGAAAGAUGUCAAUGUUCUUUAUGAGCCAACAUCACAAAUUUCUGAGGAGUACUACAGCAACUUGACUUACCAGGAAUUACCUAAUUUCUAUAAGAUAUGUAUUUUAAUAUAAACAGAAGCUUUAAUGGUACAAAGUAAACUAUUUACUGUAAUUACUGUAACCAGAAUGUAAUGUCCGUAACAUAAAUGAUCUGAUAGUGUCACUAACGGCUGUGCAAUAAUGACUGAUAGAUAACGAGUGAUAGGGUAGCUGAUGGACUGAAAGUGAGAAGAAAGCUGAAGAGGAAUAAGAUAAGUGACAAAAUGGGCUGAUGGAUGGAAAGGGAGAAAAGGAUAUAAUUGUUAGAACUGUAUUUUAACGUUUCCUAUUUUAAUUGCAGGGACCCAUUCCUAUUCUCUAAGGUGAAGCCUAAAUUACUUCCAAAACAAUACAAAACAACUAAAAAGGCUGAAAGUGUAAAUUAUUGUGCAGAGUGUCAUAAACAGGAUAAUAUUCUACAGCCUGCACCUGUCACAAGUCUAGAGGAUAUUCCUUAUCGGCCUUCUACGGACAGGUAAGUGGACAAUUGCUGCAGGUAUAUUAAAUGAGGUUAUUGGAAGAUGGGGAUCAGAGUUCGAUAGAGAUUAUAUUAAAGUUUGGUUUGUUAAUGGGCAUCAUUUCCUUAAAUAACAGAACUUUACAGUAGAUCUAAUAAUGUUAUCUCUAAAUGAAUGGUAGUAAUCUAUGCGGUAAAAUGCUUAAAAUUGAAUUUGAGUUACACCUUUUAGCUAUUUUUCUAAACAGAUGAGAUAAAAGAUCAAAAAAAGAUCAAAUCCAUGAAUAUGUGCAGCCUAGCUCAUUUGUAGUGAUGGAAAUUGAAAUAAAAUAAACAGGCAUGAUAUACAAGGGUGUAAAAAAAAAAAAAAGAAAAGUUAAAUAUAUGUGAAUUAAAGGGUCACUAUAGACACCAGAACAACUACAGCUUAAUGUACAAAAUGUGUUUACAUUGCUCCCUAGGGACACCUACAGUGGCAAUCACUCAGGCAGCCACUAUAGGUGCUUGCUGUGGCAAUGCUGCAGAGUGUGCAGCACUGACAUUCAGCGUCUCCACGCGCUUCAUGAAGACACUGAGCAUUCCUCUUCGAGAUGCAUCAAUUUAUGAUUGGCCAGGACAGCGUUGCCUCCGCCCCCAGCAUGCCUUCUUGGCUGGGAUCAUUAAAAUUUACUAACUCAGUCAAUCCAAUGCUUUCUAAAGGUAAAGCAUUGGAUUGGCUGAGAUCAUCAAUUCUGUUUAUCAGCCAAGGAGGCAGUUUAGGGAUGGAGCCCUGCGUGGCGCUGGAAAAAAGUGAGUUUAAACCCUUUUACUUUCAUGACAGGGGGCUGAGGCACUAAAUAGUAAUAUUAGAACUAUAGUGUCAGGAAUACAUAUUUGUUUUUCUGACACAAUAAUGCCCCUUUAUUAAAUGUGUUUUGAGACCCCAGCACUAUCCUGGGCUGAAAUGCAGGAUGUAAUUAUUCCAGACGUGUCAAAGGUUUUACACAUCAAAUUGAAUUAUUUAAUCGUUAGAAUACAACCCAAAUAGCAAUGCAUAAUAUCUAAUGGCUUCUUGUAUCAUCUCCUAAACACACUCUGUUAUUCCAGAGAUAUAACAUCAAUUUAUUAAUGACCUUUUUGUUUUCUGGUGUGUUUUUCUUCAAACCCUAUAGACAUUAUAAUAACUAUGUCCGAUUUGGCAAAGAGGAGAAGAUUCCCGAUGUACCAUACUAUAUUCGGGUGACUCCACGAGAAACUAACCAACUAAUGACAUGUGCUCGGCCACCUAGGUAAGUGUAUCAUGAGACACAGAAUGACUGACCAUAAUCCAAUAAGGUUAUCCAAAUAAACCUUCAGUGUCCUCAGUAAACCAAUAUCUUGGUUCUCUUACUGGCUGGCUGUGUACACAGGAAACCAAUGAGAGAAGAACCACAGAUAGCGAAAGAUGUCAAUGCUCUUUCUGAGCCAACAUCACAAAUCUCAAAUUGGAAAAUUUAAUUAUUACAAUACAACCCAAAUAGCAAUGCAUAAUAUCUAAUGGCUUCUUGUAUCAUCUCCUAAACACACUCUGUUAUUCCAGAGAUAUAACAUCAAUGUAUUAAUGACCUUUUUGUUUUCUGGUGUGUUUUUCUUCAAACCCUUUAGACAUUAUAAUAACUAUGUCAGAUUUGGAAAAGAGGAGAAGAUUCCCGAUGUACCAUACUAUAUUUGGGUGACUCCACGAGAAACUAACCAACUAAUGACAUGUGCUCGGCCACCUAGGUAAGUGUAUCAUGAGAUACAGAAUGACUGACCAUAAUCCUAUAAGGUUAUCCAAAUAAACCUUCAGUGUCCUCAGUAAUCCAAUACCCUGGUUCUCUCACUGGCUGUCUGUGUACACAGGAAACCAAUGAGAGAAGAUCCACAGAUAGAGAAAGAUGUCAAUGGUCUUUCUGAGUCAACAUCACAAAUCUCAAAUUGGAAAAUUUAAUCAUUACAAUAUGAGUCAAAUAAUAACCUGUAAUAUAUAAUGGCUUCUUCUAUCAUUUCCUAAACACACUCAGUUAUUCCAGAAAUAUAACAUCAAACGUGAAAUAUGAAACUCCAAUAAUCAGUCUUUCUUUCCUAAACAGGCUACCACUUAAAGCAGAGCCCCAGACAUUCCCCCAGGUAUCACCUAAUCUGGAAAUCUCUCCAGAUCUUGAGAAAGGGAAGAGAUGGGAGCCACAGGAACAGAAUGAGGGGUUUGUGGAAGAAAGUCUAAAAUGUUGCCAAAAAACCACAAAGAGACUUUGCUUGCCCCCUUCUGUUACAUCUAAAUUUGCUGUGCUUGAUAAAAGGUAAAUACUGUGUGAUCACAUUAAUCAAAGGGGAGACAUCUUUUUGUUUUCUAUUGUUGAUGUUUGUUUUAACAAAUUGAGAUUUUAGCCUCUCCACCGGGUGCUGGAAGAAUUAGCCUGACCUUUUGUUUUUUUGUGUGUUUUUCUUCAAACCCUUUAGACAUUAUAAUAACUAUGUCAGAUUUGGCAAAGAGGAGAAGAUUCCCGAUGUACCAUACUAUAUUUGGGUGACUCCAAGAGAAACUAACCAACUAAUGACAUAUGCUCGGCCACCUAGGUAAGUGUAUCAUGAGACACAGAAUGACUGACCAUAAUCCAAUAAGGUUAUCCAAAUAAACCUUCAGUGUCCUCAGUAAACCAAUACCCUGGUUCUCUCACUGGCUGUCUGUGUACACAGGAAACCAAUGAGAGAAUAAACACAGAUACAGUGAUCACAAAUCACUAGGAAAUACUACAGAAAGUGACUUACCAGGCAUUACCUAAUUUCUAUAAGAUAUGUAUUUUAAUAUAAACAGAAGCUUUAAUGGUACAAAGUAAACUAUUUACUGGAAUUACUGUAACCAGAAUGUAAUGUGCGUAACAUAAAUGAUCUGAUAGUGUCACUAUAAGCUGUGCAAUAAUGCCUGAUAGAUAACGAGUGAUAGGGUAGCUGAUGGACUGAAAGUGAGAGGAAAGCUGAAGAGGAAUAAGAUAAGUGACAAAAUGGGCUGAUGGAUGGAAAGGGAGAAAAGGAUAUAAUUGUUACAACUGUAUUUUAACGUUUCCUAUUUUUUAAUUGCAGAGACCCAUUCCUAUUCUCUAAGGUAAAGCCUAAAUUACUUCCAAAACAAUAUAAAACAACUAAAAAGGCUACAAAUGUCCAAGAAAAAGAAGUAGACAAAAAAGAACUGGAAAAUGAAAAAAAGUAUUCUGCAGAGUAUUGUAAACACAAUAUUAUUCCACAGCCUGAAGCGGUCACAAGUCUAGAGGAUAUUCCCUGUCACUUGCUGCAGGCAAGGUCUCUAGAGCCUACAGAGAUUAUCACACAUCUAGAAGACAACACUUCUCUAGAAUGCCCUGUUUCUACUAUUAAACCUCAUACAAGUGGAUUGACAGAGGAGUUGCCAGUAAACCUUGGUCAGCCACAGUCCACUUUACAUUGUCCACCUGAGUCUGCAAAUCUAGAUUCUCAGAACCCAGUUACAGUUAUUUUACUACAGCCUACCUCUCUAGAGCCUACAGAGGUUAUCACACACCUAGAAGACAACACUUCUCUAGAAUGCCCUGUUACUACCAUCAAACCUCAUACAAGUGGAUUAACAGAGGAGUUGCCAGUAAACCUUGGUCAGCCACAGUCCACUUUAGGUUGUCCAUGUGAGCCUACAAAUCUAGAUUCUCAGAACCCAGUUACAGCUAUUUUACUACAGCCUACCUCUCUAGAGCCUACAGAGGUUAUCACACAUCUAGAAGACAACACUUUUCUAGAAUGCCCUGUUACUACUAUCGGACCUCAUACAAGUGGAUUGAUAGAGGAGUUGCCAGUAAACCUUGGUCAGCAACAGUCCACUUUGGAUUGUCAACCUGAGCCUAUGAACCUAGAUUCCCGGGAGGCUGUCAAAGAUCAAGAUCCAGGUAUUCUGUUAGUGGGCCCAGUUUGUCCUGCCAAAUCAGGCACUAGUGAAAUGUUAGAGGAGCUGCCUGUAAACCUUGGUCAGCCACAGUCCACUUUGGAUUGUCAACCUGAGCCUAUGAAUCUACAUUCUCGGGAAGCUGUCAAAGAUCAAGAUCCAGGUAUUCUUCUAGUGGGCCCAGUUUGUCCUGCCAAAUCAAGCACUGGUGAAAUGUUAGAGGAGUUACCAGUAAGCUCUGACAUUGUGAGUUAUCACUCCAAAACUACUUUGGAUUGCCCCACUGUUCAGCCAGAGGAGUUGCUUCUAUUCAAUCAAAAGGUUACGCCUGAGCAGGAACAAACUGAGAUGAAGAAUAAUCAGCCAGGAAAACAUGUGUGUCUGAGUAGUGACCAUGAAGAGCAGCCAUUGCCAGAAGACAAAGAAAAAGAGCCACCUGGUGAGGCUGAUAUAGUUCGAAAGAAAAGUCAAGACCUUCCAGUACCUGUACUCCAAGAGAAGAAAAAUAUUGAAUCAAAGGUGGAAAGGAUACACUAUGACAGGGAAUCUUUACUUAAAUUCAAAUCUAUAACACAAGAGCCAAGGGAUUUGUCUGAGAUUGCAAAACUCUACCAAGGUAUGCUCAUUAGACCUCACCUUCGACCAGUAGAUCCAUCACGAUUUACCAACAGGAAAUGUACACCUCUAACUGCAAUUUUCAUCCACCCUGCUAAGGAUAAUUACAGACUGCCAUGUGGAAUGGGCCAAAUGAGGUCCCCGCAAGCUCCUGGUACAGAACUUCGCAAAAUCCUUCAAGUAAGUGAGAAUAUAAAACCGCAUACAUCUGAAAAGGCUUGGAAACCUCCCAUGAAAAGAGCAAAUGAAGAUCACACUCUUGCCAAGGCUCAAGAAUUGGUUCGCAAAGUUCGCAGCAUUCUAAAUAAAAUCACACCUCAGACAUUCCAGCACUUAACCAAGCAGGUGAAAGACCUCUCUAUACAUACAGAAUAUCAACUGAAAGGUGUUGUAGAAGUCAUCUUUGAAAAAGCAGUAGCAGAGCCACAUUUUGCUGUUGUAUACGCCAGCAUGUGCAACUGGCUAAUGAUGCUUGAGGUCCCAACCGAAGACAACCCUGAAGAAAGCAUUACAUUCCGUAGGCUGCUAAUAAGACUCUGCCAGAAGGAGUUUGAGAGAGUUGAAAAUGGGAAUGAAAAAACUGAGAAACUGCAAAAGGAACUGGAUGCUGCCACAUCACCGAGGGAAAAGGCCCUACUAAAAGACGAAUUAAGUGAUGCUUGUAAUAAAGCACGCAGGCGAUACCAAGGAAACAUCACAUUUAUUGGGGAGCUAUUUAAGCUAAAAUUUCUCUCUGAAGACACCAUGAAAGACUGCCUAAUGAAACUACUAAACAGGAACAGCGAGGAGUCCAUCGAAUGUAUCUGCAUUUUGCUCACUACAAUUGGAAAAUCCUUGGAAAAUGGACAGUGUCGCUUGGACAACUAUAUCAGCAAGAUUGACAUCUUUAUUAAAAACCAGAAAACCUCUUCGCGGAUUCGAUUUAUGGUGCAGGAUGUGAUGGAAUUAAGAAAAAAUAACUGGGUACCUCGACAUAAAUCCCAGGGACCGAAAACAAUAGAGCAAAUUCAUAAAGAGGUAGAACUGGAAUCUAGACGAAAAGAGCAGUGA